UAGAAAGCAGUAAAAAGCAACGGCAAGGCCGAGCAGGCAGCGCCCGCCGGCCCGAACCUGCGAGCGGGGUGGGGGUGGCCCCACUGGUCCUGGCGGGCAGCCCAGCCCCGGGCACGAUUUUCUUUCUGCCCUUUCCUGCGUCCCGCGCUCUUCCGGCCCGAGUUCGGAGGCCCACUAUGGCGCUGCUGGGCUGGGGUGUCUUUGCCCGGGGAUCCUGGCUGCCCUGCCUCAGUCCUCGGCGGUUUUUCAGUUAUGGGACGAAAAUAUUAUAUCAAAACACUGAAGCUGUACAGUCUAAAUUCUUUCCACCCCUUCAAAAAGCGAUGUUGCCACCUAAUAGUUUUCAAGGAAAAGUGGCGUUCAUUACCGGGGGAGGUACUGGCCUUGGUAAAGGAAUGACAACUCUUCUGUCCAGUUUGGGUGCUCAGUGUGUGAUAGCCAGCCGGAAGAUUGAUGUUGUGAAAGUUACUGCAGAACAAAUUUCUUCUCAGACUGGAAAUAAGGUUCAUGCAAUUCAGUGUGAUGUGAGGGAUCCUGAAAUGGUUAAAAACACUGUGUCAGAACUGAUCAAAAUCGCAGGACAUCCUGAUAUUGUGAUAAACAACGCAGCAGGAAAUUUUAUUUCCCCCACUGAAAGACUGUCUCCUAAUGCUUGGAAGACCAUCACUGACAUAGUUCUAAAUGGUACAGUCUUUGUGACACUAGAAAUUGGAAAGCAACUUAUUAAAGCACAGAAAGGAGCAGCAUUUCUCGCUAUUACAACCAUCUAUGCUGAGAGUGGCUCAGGCUUUGUAGUACCAAGUGCUUCUGCCAAAGCAGGCGUGGAAGCCAUGAGCAAGUGAGUCCUUCUAUGAUAAUCUCGUUGCUGAAGAUAAAUGAUGACUUCGGUAGCUCAGGGACCUAAAUUCCUGCUUUCUGG